CUACUGGCACGGAGGUGAUUUGGUCAGGAGAAAAGGCAGGCGAAGAAAGGAUAAUUACGCACAAGGACGCAUCAUCCGCUUCUGCUCUCGACACUCCCCGUCCAUUCUCGUACCGCUUAGCUUUUCUUCUUUCUCCAGAACCAGCGCUUGCGCCUGAUCCUGAGCCUCGAGGUGCUGGCAGUCGGGCUCCGCUGAGUUCAAAACUGGAACUAAGGAAUCGCACGCAGGAAGGUCGCCGUCAGCUCGCGCGCUGAGGCUCCUUAGUGCGGAGGCGUGGUCGUCUAGGGGGCGUCUCUCUCGCCAUCCCCACCCACCUCCCCUGACUCUGCCGUCGACGCUGCGCCCCUUUAGACGGCUCCUUCCUGAGCUGCCGUCGCCCGCCUGGUCUGCCUGCCCAGCUCGCCGUGAUGCCCGCCGUCUGGAGCUCGACGCUACCGCCGCGGCUGCUGCUGCCGCUCUUGGCGCUUUGGCUGUGCCUGGCGUCGAGGAGCGCGGCGGAGGCGGCGGCGUGCGCUCCCUGCCGGCCCGAGCUGUGCGAGACGGCGCGGUGCGCGGCGCCCGAGCUGACGGCGCGGGACGAGUGCGGCUGCUGCGAGCGGUGCCUGAGCGCCGAGGGCGAGCGGUGCGGAGGGGCGCGGGGCGCUCGCUGCGGCCCGGGGCUGGUGUGCGUCAGCCAGCGCCAAGCCGAGCCUCCUGCCGCCGAGGAAGAGGAGCAGGAGCAGGAAGAAGGCACCGGGCGCUGCGUCUGCAAGGAAGACGGAGCCGUCUGCGGCUCCGACGGCCGCUCUUACAGCAGCGUGUGCGCCCUGCACCUGCACAGCUGGCGCGCCCUCCACAGCGGCCGGGAGCGCGUCCGGAAGGCGCACGACGGCGAGUGCAAGCUCGCUCCCGCUAUUGUUGUGCCCCCAAAGAGGAUUCACAAUGUAACUGGAGCCCAAGUCUACCUGUCUUGUGAAGUAAAAGCAGUCCCAACACCCAUCAUCACCUGGAAGAAGGUCACGGAGUCCCCAAAGGGAGUGAAGCUCUUAGAGGAACUUCCUGGAGACAGAGUCAACAUGGCAGUGCAGGUCCGAGGCGGUCCUUCAAAACAUGAGAGCACAGGCUGGGUUUUGAUUAACCCACUGACAAAAGAAGACGAGGGCAUUUACCAGUGCCAUGCUACAAACAUGGUGGGAGAAACACAGGCAGAGGGGAAUAUUAAAGUCCUAGAGCAAAGCAAAAAUAAGAGGGGUAAUUUCCCGGCACCGGAUGACAUGAAGUAGCAAGGAUGAAGUGAUCUGACUACCUCUGAGGGAACCAGAGCCAAGCAGACUAGAAACCCAUGGAAUAGUGAUUUGCUUUCUUAACUUGCUGAAGACUAGAAGAUACCAUUUUGAUAUUCUUAUUGAUUAACGGUGCAAUUUGCACACCUUUUUCUUAGAGUGUCUGAUUAAUACUGGGCAUGUAGUGAGUGAUGUAAUAAAUGCUCAAUAAAAGCAUGGUUGGUUUUUUUACACUCUUAA